AUGAAGAACGUUAUAUUUAAAUCUGUAUUAAUAUUGAUAAUAAUCAAAUCAGUAUAUUGCGGUGAUAAACCGAAAGAUACGAAAAAUUUCAAAGGUGUAGGUGAUCUGGAACCCAUUACAGAUACAGAUCCCAAUUUAAGUAAUGAUAGUGACGAUGAAAACUUUGAUGUAACAGAAACUACUGUACAACCAGAAACUAUUCCAGUAGAAGUUGGAUCAGAUGAAGAAACAGUAGAUGAAGAAUUAAUAGAACAUAAAUUUGUAGAAGCUGGUAUAAAUCUCGAAAAUGAAAAAUAUAUAUUAGACAUUACUAAAUUUGAGUCAAAAAAUUAUGAUUGUAUCAAGAAAAAAAAAGUAGAUAAAUAUAUUAUUAAAAAUGGCUCCAAGUUUUACAUAGUAAAAUCUGGAGAUCAUAUGAUAUGGAAAUCACGGAAUCCUGAAGUAUAUGGUAAAAAAGUAAAUGUAAAAAAAAUUAAUGAAGAUAUAAAGACAAUGAAAAUACAGAUGUGUGAUGAUACAAUAAAAGACUUUUAUAAAAUUGAAGUCAUAUAUCCUUGGGAAGAAAUAACCGCACAUAGUAAUGAGCAAUUUAUACUAGAUAUUGAAAAUAAAAGAGGAAAUGAAGACUAUGAUUUUGUUAAAAAUAAAGAAUUUUGUAAAUACACGGUAAGAGAACAUUACAAGUUCAUUGCUAUUAAAUCAUCCAAUAAAAUAAUUUGGGCAACUCACAAUCCAAAUACCUUUGCAACUGAGGUAAUUGUAGAAGGAAGUGGUUUUGGAACAGUAACAGUUACUAUCUAUCUAAAUACUGGUAUAAAAAUGAUGUAUCAAAGAUUUACUUAUUUUCAUUCUUGGGAAUACAUAACACCAUAUGUUUCUGGUGAUUGUGAUUUGGAUGUCACAACUAUGAAAUCAACUGAUGACUAUGAAUUUGUUCCUGAAAAAAAUGAUUUAAAAUAUAUCUGUAAAGGAAAUUAUAAAUUUAAGUCGAUUAAAUGUUCAGAAGAUAUCAUAUGGUACACAAGAGAUCAGGAUGUUUAUGGUAUAGAAGCUAUAUAUAUAGGAAAUGAUUUGUUAGAUCAAUGGCUAACUAUUAUUAUGAAUGAUGGAAGUAAACUUACCUUUUACAAAUCAACGAAAUAUGAAAUUUGGGAAAAUACUACAGCAGGUUUUGCAGAUGUUAUUCGGAUAUUUGCAGAGUCUGAUGAAGAGCGUGGUGUAUUAAAGCCAAUGGAUUCUACAGAAUAUACUGUCACUACAUUUGAUGGAAUCAGAUAUGUAUAUGAAUUUCAUGUAGCCGAUUGUAAAAAAAUUUCAUUAAAAAAUAAAACUGUUUGGCGUCAUACACGUCAAAUCCCAUAUCCAUUAUUUAUGAUAUUUAACAAACAAGAAUCAAAAAUAACACUAAGAUUUGAAAAAAGCUUGUUCGUAGCAAGUAUAAAACAUGAUGAUGUUGAAAAGGAAGAUUAUGUAGAAAAGGAUGAUUAUGAUAUUUCAGAACUUAAACUAUAUAAACUUGAUGAAUAUGAUGAACCUGUUGAAAUAACUCCUAAUAACUCUAGUGUCGAAUUAAUUAAGGAAAAUAAGUUUCUAUAUUCACUUAAAAAAACAGUAGAAUGUACUAUGAUCCAAGUUGAAGAUAGACCAGUUUGGAAUCAUAUCGAUGGUCAAGAACAUCCAAAAUCAAUAACAUACAAUAAAAAUAAUAAUAUCCUUAAUGUAAACUUUGAAGAUCAUUUUAUAGAUAUUGUUCUAGAAUGGGAUGAAUGGAUAUCAAAAAUGUAUUCUCAUGUUAAAGAACUUAAAUUAUACACUGAUAAUGGUGAAAAUACUGUAAUACCUAUGAAAAAUGAAUUAUAUAAAAUCAACGAUUCUUUACAAGAAUCAUAUUUAAUUGAACUCCUGAAAGGAUCUAAAUGUUCUAAAGUUAAGUGUAAAGAAAUGACAAUUUGGAGAAGAGAAACUAAUGAAAAUUAUCCAAAUUGUAUAGAGUAUGAUUAUUCACGUGAAAAAAAAAUAAUGAUUCACUUUGAUACACAUUUUAAUAGUUAUCAAAUUAAAGAAAAUAAGUGGGUACAAGAUAAACAAGAAAUACCAAUAAUUGAAUUGGUUAUAUUCGAUCAAUCAGAAUCAACAAUUAAACUAACUUUGGAUGAUUUCUCUCUUGAAUCAACACCUGAUAAAUCAUAUAAACAUGAAAUUAAACAUGGAAUAAAAUGUAUAAACAUUAAAGUGUUUGGAACAACAAUUUGGGAAAAAACAAAUGCAGACGGUUUUCCUAAAUCAAUAACUACUAUUGGUCUAAAUAAGAUUUUAGUUAAUUUUGGAGAUUAUAUGAUUAUAUUUAAAAGAUCUGAAUGUAAAUAUCGUUUAAUAAAUGUAAAAAAUUUGAAAGGAUAA